AUGGAGCUAACCAGGCAGGAGGCUCCUAUAACAUUAACGUUAGAGAGCAAUGCAGGAAUCAGUGAAGAACAUCAGCUUUUGCUGAAGACAUUCCCCAAUCCCAAAGGAAUCCUGAACAAUGUGAUCCUCAGCAAAGCGAAGUGCAGUUCUAUCCAAGAUGUCCUCACAUACAGCACGCAGGAUGUACCCGGAGCUGCCAAGAAGGGUGGUUCGGUCCUGAAGAAAAGCAUCUUGGCUCUUAGCUGGCCUCAGGUCAUGGAACUUGAAGGAUUCGGUCGAAAGAAAAAGGAUGCAGAACUUGUAGCAGCAGCACAGGCUUGUGCUAGAUUAAAGGAGCUUGGCCUGAUGGAUGACAACAACAACCCUUUACUUCCAGACAGGGUGGUUUAUAAGAAAGAAGAUAUCCGUAGCUUCCUGAGGAAACAAAAUCAACCAGAUAUAAUUGAGACGGAUGAGAACAUCAACAAGGAACUCUCCACCUUCUUGAAAACUCUACAGGACCAAGAUAAGAAGAAGUCUGAGGAUGACAGGCAAGCCCAGGAAGAUCAUUCAUUCUACUCAAUGCUCAUGUCGGAGGAGGAGAUGCCGGAGAGGGUAAUGGACAUCAUCUCUGACAGACCUUACCAGCAUCUUUCAAGAUCCAAGAGGGAUGUUAGGAAUGGUGUUUUACUGCAGAGGCUUAUCAACCAAAGAAACAAUCCCGAUGUUGCUGAAAUACAAAAGAAAGUGCAGACCCUGCCCAUCAUAAAUAUGAGAGAGGAGAUAUUAUCUCUGAUAAAUGCCAACCAAGUAGUGGUUCUGUGUGGAGAAACGGGCUGUGGGAAGACUACCCAGAUGCCUCAGUUCAUCUUAGAUGAUUGGAUUCAACAGGAUAGGGGAUCACAGUGCAAUAUAGUCAUAACUCAACCAAGGAGAAUAAGUGCAAUAUCGACGGCGGAGAGGAUCGCAUUAGAAAGAGGUGAACAAAUGGGCAAAACAAUCGGCUACCAGAUCAGACUCCAUCGAAGAAUGCCUGAGAAUCAUGGGUGUAUGUUGGUCUGUACCACUGGUAUCCUACUAAAAAAAUUGCAACAAAACCCAGAUUUGACAGGUAUCAGUCAUGUGAUUGUGGAUGAGGUUCAUGAGCGGGAUGUCAACACAGACUUCCUUCUUGUUCUGUUAAAGAACGCUCUUGAAAGGAACAAGAAUGUCAAGCUAAUCCUCAUGAGUGCUUCCAUCAACCCUGGAUUGUUCUCAAAAUAUUUCAACAACUGCCCCAUGAUCAAUGUUCCAGGAUUCAUGUAUCCUGUCAAAGAAUACUUCCUUCCUGAAGCUUUAGCAGACCUGGGUAUCAAUCCCAACAAACACAAGAGCCCGCUCUUUGAGGAGGGAUCCACCGCCAAGGAACAGUCCAAGAAGAGGAAGAAGAAUCGGAAAGCGCCACCAACUAACGUUGACCUUGUGGUAGAGGUCGUCAAAGCCAUAGACAAGAAAAAGCCACUGGGUGCUAUACUUUGCUUCCUUCCUGGUUGGCAAGACAUCAGGAGUGUUUAUGACAAAUUACGGGAGGCAUGGGGCCAGGACAGCAAGCAUGAGAUCUAUCCAGUGCACUCUCAUGUGACAGUCGACAAUCAGCAAGCCAUGUUUGAUAUACCACCAGUAGGUGUUAGGAAGGUUGUCCUGGCAACAAACGUGGCUGAAACAUCAAUCACGAUCGGGGAUGUAGUGUAUGUUGUGAAUACUGGAAAUCACAAAGAAGAACGUUUUGAUUCAGACUUGGGGGUCUCUUGUCUAGACCUUCACUGGACUUCAAAGGCCAACAUUAAGCAGAGGAAAGGGAGAGCAGGACGCCGACAACCUGGUGAAUGCUUCCAUCUAUUUGAUGAAGAUGUCUACAAAAAGAUGAGUCAAUUUCAGACAGCUGAAAUUCUUCGGAUACCAUUAGAGCAGAUAGUAGUCCAAGCCAAGGUUCAUGAUGAUGGUGUUUCAGCAGAGAAGUUCCUUGCGCAAGCCAUAGAACCACCCCCGUCACAAGCAGUGUCUAGUGCCAUAGAUCUCCUUCAAGACCUGACCAUCCUGGAUGAGAAGGAGGAACUGACAGCUCUCGGAAGGAAGAUCUCUCGCUUUGGGUCUGAUCCUAGGAUUGCCAAAGCUGUCAUCUAUGCUGCCAUUUUCAGAUGCGUGGAUCCCAUAUUAACAAUAGCAGCCAGCUUGUGCAUAAGAGACCCUUUCAGAGAAAACCUGGAUAAUAGAAAGCUGAUUAUGGAGAAAAUGCAAGAGUUUAGUGGAGACAGUGAGAGUGAUCAUCUGAUGAGAGUAGCCAUCUACCAAGGCUGGGAGGAGCAGAAGAAGUCUGGUGGUCAGAGUGCUUCAAGCUAUGUUCAGUCCCAUCAACUUUAUCUUCCAACUCUUCAAUUUAUCAGAGGAUUACGUAGGCAGUUUGCCAGCAAUCUAGAAGAUUCCGGGAUGGUGAUGAUGUCUGAUGAGUGCUUUGAUUCUUCAGCUCGAUGCAAUGAGAAUAGCGAUGAUCCAGAGCUUAUCAAGGCUGUGAUCUGUAGUGCUUUCUAUCCUAACCUCCUCAAAGCAAGACUUGGCAAGCAUGAGAAGGGGAAGCUAAGAACCAACAAAUUAAUCUUCAAAGACUUAGAUUCCAACAAUGUUCUGCUCCAUCGGAGAUCCGUCAACUGUGCAAAGAAAGAUUUCAGGAGCAAAUGGCUGACAUACUUCUCAAAGGUACGAUCUGAUGCAACCUUUGUUCGUGACUGCUCCGUCAUCCAUCCUAUGGCUGUAAUAGCGUUUGCUGGAAACACUCUCUAUGUUGAUAAACUAACCCAGAGAGAGAAGAAAGAGAUUGUUGUAGAAAAUGGUGGUGUCAACGUUGCCUCCCUUGUGAAGCUGGUGAUUGAUGACGAGCAGGUUUCACAAGAGAGUGGCGGAGAUGAGUUCAGCCCAUGGGAAGGCUUACCGAUCACAUUCUAUAUGACGAAGGACACUGCAGUCUAUACUAUGGCCUUCAUGAGAGCAAUGAAACAAAUGAUUGAAGAAUGUCUCACAGAGGAAGCCCUCAUACCGUCUGGGACCACCCUCGAGAAACACUCUGCCGUACUCGGUCUAUUCGGUAAGCUACUUGGUACCCAAGUCCUGCACUCCCAACAAGGUCAGCAAGCUGAACAGGGUGAGAAGGAGCAAUCCACAUCAGGAUCCUGAAGCAAGUAUUAGGUAUUGACCAGAUCAGUCACCGGGGAUGGCUCAGAGAGUCUUCACAAGAUCUUGUGGAUAUCCUUGAAAGAAAUUCUAUGAAGUGCUUGUGCACUGUAAAAGGCUUCCUGGCUUAUGAAAGCUUAUGGGUAAUGCCCCCCAUAGUCCUUUACAGUGCAUAGAGAUGUUAUGAUAGCGUGAUAUGUGUUAUGCAAGAACAGAUUAUUAUUAUGAUAUAGAGGGAAAGGAAGGAAAGUCUCAUAGAUGGUAGGAUGCCUUCUGGCAUUAAAGUCCUACUUUCUGAAGGAAGGGUUAAUGCCAAAAGAAAACAUGUUUGGAUGUAUGGAGGUAGAGGAAAAUGUCAAACAUUUUCAGGGCCUCCAUAUGUUGUCUUCCACCAGCAUGGAGAAGUUGAAGUUCUCAUGUGAAGACUCUGUUUUGUUUGAUAAUGAGUAAUAACUCAUGAAGGCUAUUGGAUUAAACUAUAUACAAAUAAUGCACGUAAGCGCGUGCAUGCAGGGCCAAAUAAUGAACGAUGUGCGAGAAGAGCCAAUGGAUAUACUGCAUCGUGGUCCGUAGGACUGAGUGCGGUAUAUCCAUUUGGCGAGUCGAGCACAGAGGUUUAGGUCCUCUAUGCACAAGAAUGUGUAUAUUGGUUGUGUUAUACAACCCCCCACCCACCCGUGUUACUGAGUUGCCCCGAAUGCUAUAUUUGAUCUAAAUUCUAGAUAAUUCCAGAACUCGCACUAUCCUGCAUUCUGACGUCAGAAUGCAGGAUAGUGCAUUUGGUAUGACGUCAGAGUGCAGGAUAGUGCAUUUGGUAUGACGUCGGAGUGCAGGAUAGUGCAUUUUGGAUGCAAUAGUGCAAUUCGCUGAAUAUCAUGUGAUCCAAUUUGGACCAAUCAGAUUACAGAACAUCUUGGGAGUUACUUAAUUACCACUGACGCAGUAUGGGUCCAGCUGUGUAUAGACAGAUACAGUAUGUGGUCUGAUAAUUGCAUCCUAAGCUGUAGAUACCAAGAUAAUUAUGCUGCAUUGUUGUAUAGUGCUUGCUGCAUGUUAAAUGCUAUAUUAACAACUAUUAUAACUAUAAUUAACUGUAAGUUGUAGCAAGAACAUACUGCAAGCAAAUCUUGUCUCCAAAGCUCACUUUGAAAUUUAGGUCUGACUCUCAUUAUUUUAUGAAAGCUGGAGAAACUUAGAUAGAUAAAUGACUAAAAAACAUAAACAAUGAGUGUACAAAUCUCCAUGUGUCGUAGUUUGACAGCUAAAUUGUGCAUUGGAUUGCAUAAGUAUUUUCGCAUGGUAAAAUUUCACAUAAAUAGUAAUGAAACUUAGUAUAAGGCAACAUUUAAUAGUGAGAUAAAUUAAUUCAAAUUAAAAAGGAAUGUUAGAG